ACCCAGCACAGCACAAUCACUCACUCUCUGCAUCCUCCCCUCCCCUCUCCUCUGCGCCACCUUAGCCAAGCUCUCCUCCUUCCUUCCCCGCCUGCGUUCUCUCCUCGCCGGCGCCGCCCCGCGCCAUGUCGUACAACAAGACGGCGUCCAUCACCGCGGAGACCAUAAACCCCAAGGUGAAGAUCUUCGACUACGAGCCCUGCGGAGAGAUCGCCAGGCACGCAGAGAGGUUGGAGCAGGAGAUGGAGAAGAGCCCAGGUUCUCGCCCUUUUCCAGAGAUAACAUACUGCAACCUUGGGAACCCCCAGGCUCUCGGCCAGCGACCCAUAACCUUCUUCCGUGAGGUUCUUUCCCUGUGCGACAAUCCAGCUCUCCUGCGCAGGGAUGAAACUCGUAUGUUAUUCAGCCCAUGUGCCAUAAAUAGAGCGCGGAAGAUUAUUGAGUCCAUGCCUGGCAGAAACUCUGGUGCAUAUACUAACAGUCAGGGAAUCAGAAGUUUGCGCGAAGCAGUCGCAAGUGGAAUCGCUGCAAGAGAUGGUUUUCCAUCAAGACCAGAAGACAUCUUUCUGACAGAUGGAGCGAGUUCAGCCAUUAAUUUGAGUAUGCAGAUACUCAUUAGGUCCCAAGAAGAUGGUGUUUUAUGCCCUUUACCUGAAUAUCCGUUAUACUCGGCGUCCAUUAUACUUCAUGGUGGGACUAUGGUACCAUACAAUCUUAGUGAGGACGGUGAUUGGGGGCUUGAGAUCUUCGAAGUAAAGAGGUGCUUGGAGGAGGCACGCAUCGCAGGUUUGACUGUUCGGGCUAUGGUGAUCAUAAACCCCGGAAAUCCGACGGGACAGGUACUGUCUGUCACCAACCAGGAGGAGAUAGUAGAAUUUUGUCGGAAAGAAGGUUUGGUUAUGCUUGCUGAUGAGGUAUACCAAGAUAACGUCUAUGUGGAAGAUAGGAAAUUCCAUUCUUUCAAGAAAGUAGCCAGAUCACUUGGGUAUGACGAGAAUGACAUCUCCAUAGUGUCAUUUCACUCGGUCUCGAUGGGGUUCUCUGGAGAAUGUGGCAGAAGGGGAGGCUACAUGGAGAUAUGUGGUUUUGGAGAUGAUGUUAUGGAUGAGAUUCGCAAAGUGGCUUCCGUGACUCUUUGCCCCAACAUAGGUGGUCAAAUUCUUACUAGCCUUGCUAUGGAUCCACCGAAGCUGGGUGAUGGUUGUUUUGAGAAUUUUAUGGCUGAAAAGGAAGACAUCCGUUUAUCUCUCGCCAAGCGCGCCAAGACCUUGGCGAGCGCAUUCAGCAGCCUGGAGGGAAUGACCUGUAACAGAGUAGAAGGUGCGAUCUACGCCUUCCCACGGAUCCACCUCCCUGCAGCGGCGAUCAAAGCCGCCAAGGCCGAGGGCAUGUCUCCAGACUUGUUCUACGCGUGCCGCCUUCUCGACGCCACUGGGAUUGCCGUCGUCCCUGGCUCUGGAUUCCACCAGGUGUCUGGGCGAAACAAGGCCACCGGGACAUGGCAUAUCCGGUGCACGAUCCUCCCCGGCGAGGACAAGAUCAAGGUAAUGAUCCCGCGCCUCAAGGAGUUCCACGAGUCCUUCAUGAACGAGUUCCGUGACCGAAGCUGAUGCGCAUCUUCAGCUACACAAGCCACAGGCCGGUCAGAGACCCGAAGGCGGUGUGAUCUUCACUACCCUACCCUGUAAAUUAAGCCUGUGUUGUACUGCCAAUAAAUAAACUUUCACUACCCUGUAAAUUAAGCCUGUGUUGUACUACCAAUAAAUAAACUUUGGCAGCGGUGUGUUCGUCCUUCCCUGUAAAUUAAGCCUGUGUUGAUGUAAUACACUUUGGCUCUGCAAAGUGCAAACCUGGUACAUGUA